CGAACAUGGGUUGCGAACUAUCAACUAAGAUGUACCUCACUUCAAAUACCAACUGUACGCACACCCGUAACUAUUAGCAACAUAUGACGCUGAGUGAUUUAAUACAGUUAUUUCUGUGGGUACCGAUCGCUAGUACCAAUUGUCUGCCUCAAGCAUUGUUGCAAACACGCUUGCAAAGCAGAGGUCACGUCGGCAAGCCAAAACCAAAAAGUUCGAUGUUCGUUGCCAAGCGCAAGUUCCCAUAUGAGAAUAAACCACUAAAGUGUCUCAAAUCAUUAUUUACAGCAGCCAGUGUAACCACCGCAUCUACAUGGUACAUCCGGUCAAGUCGUGACACAGACAGAAAACUUUGAUUUUGAAAAAAAAAAAUAGUACAGAUGUGUCGUGGUUGGUUGAAUUGCGAGAUAUGACUUGUGUAAGUGUUAUAACGGAUUGUUUGUAGAGAGAUUCCAUCUAAGACCAAAAAUGAUUUCGG